CGGGCGGCUAAUCCAACCUCUCUAUCUUGCUUUUUAACACGCCUUCUCCCCACGUUAAACUCCCUUCAACCUCUUUGUCAGCCUCAUAUAGAAAAAAAAAAUAUGACAUUUGAGGAAGAGCCCGCACCCGAGGUACUCACGGAGAUUGCUCCAAACACCAAGAAGAAACGGAUGAGUUUGGGCAACAUCUGGUCACCAGCCUUCCGGAACGACCAUUUUAAUGGUCAGGCCAAAGAGGACCAUCCCGGAAAUCUUCAGGAAACCCCCAAGGAGAUGGCCAACCCCUUGUCGAUCUCUAAAAAGCGGGAAGACGAACGGGAAACCCGGUACGAAAACCUAGACGACGUGGACCGAGCAAGAAGCUCCGUCGUUGAGUCAGAAACAGAGCCCCAACCCUUUUCAGGGGAGCAAUCAGAUCCCAACACCACCCGGGCUGAAACCAUCCGAAGCAAUGGGGCCUCGAACACUAAUUCCCAUUUCUUCAAACGCCCAAAAAGUAUCACCGCCACCCAGGGCGACGAAACCGAAACGUCCCAUGAGAGGCCGUCGUGGUACCGUUCUCUUUCAACUUUUGGCGCGCAAGACUCCACCAAGUGGAAAGAUUUCCGCCAGGCGUUAAUGCAGUUCAAGGGGAAGAACAGAACAGAUACACCCGCGCAGGUGGCGCCCGAGGCGUCCGAACGCGAUACCUUGGCCCGUCAGCGUGCCAGUGAGCUUGUUACCUCCUUGGUUGCAGGUGUACCUGCUGCUCUCUUUGCUGGGUCCAUCUUCCUCAAGGACGAGCACGGCACCAGACGGUCCCCACUCUUGCUCUCGCUUCUUGGAUUCACUCUCACAGAUAUUACCCCAAAGUUGCACCACAAGAACCGCAAGUACCGCAUUGACCUUGAGUACGGUGUGGGGCCCAACCGCCUCCGCUGGUUUGUGCUCAAAGACACUAAAGACUUUAUCCAGUUGCACUCUAGACUUAAAGUGUUGUUCUUCCAGGAGAAAGCGUUGGCGUUGCGAAUGAACAAGAGGGUAGAGUUGCCAAAGUUUCCGAGGUUCAGCGAGACCCGCGUUCCACGCCACCACCACCACCACCGUAAAGCUAGUACCGCCAUUCCAGAAACCGCUUCUGUUGACGGCUUGCCGUACACGCCUGGAAGUGCCUCCCUCAACGGAGGUGACGGUGUCUCAGCGGUCCCUGAAAACGAUCUUUCGUCAAACAUUCUGCCGUGUGAUGAAUCUAUCGCGCUGCCCACGUCGUUCCGCAGCCGUCUUCGCAGCAUGGCUUCACGCGGCUCGAUGUCGGAUUCCUCUUCGGAUAACCCCAGCCCCCGUACGUUCAACCAUAAACAGAAGCACGUGCGCCUUUCGCUCAAGGUGGCAGAGUUCCAGCGCCUCUUGGAGGUGUACCUUCUUGAGUUAACAUAUGCGUUGACCAUCCGUCCGCAGUCCAACCGUCUCUUCCAGUUCUUCGAGCUCUCCCCGAUCGGGCUUAUGCUUGCGAGCGAAACGGGCUACCUGGGCAAGCAGGGGUAUUUGAUUGUCAGAUCGUCGGCCAAGGCCCAGGGCUGGAGGGUGAGCCAUUUCAGAGCCCGUGACUUCAAGGCUAUGGUGGAUCGUCACACCAAUAAAUGGUUUAUGAUCCGCCACUCGUACGUGAUGUAUGUGGCCGACAUCAACUCUACCACUCCACUAGAGGUUUUUUUGGUUGAUAAUAGCUUCAAGGUGAGCUACGCUGGGGACGAUGACACGGGCUUUUUGGCCGAUGACGACGUUCACUCGCUAGACAACGAGUCACUCUACGACGGAGACAAGGCCAUUGCCUCCACAAAACGUCCGCAUUUCACAAUCACCCUUGAGAAUGGUGAACGUGAAAUUAAAAUGGUGGCCAGAUCCAAGGAACAAAUGCGGUUGUGGAUCAAAUCCUUGUCUAACAUGCAGACAAAGACAAUUUGGGCAAGAGACCAUCGAUUUGAGUCGUUCUCGCCCGUGCGCGAAAACUGCUUCGCCCAAUGGUUUGUGGAUGGGAGAGACUACUUCUGGGCUGUUUCGUCUGCUAUGGAGAUGGCUAAGGACACGAUCUACAUCCACGAUUGGUGGUUGUCGCCGGAGUUGUACAUGCGCCGUCCCGCUAACGGUAAUCAGCAGUGGCGUCUCGACCGUAUUCUCAAACGCAAGGCCGAACAGGGGGUUAAGAUCUUUGUCAUUCUCUACCGUAAUGUUGGUUCUACGGUUUCCACCGACUCGCUUUGGGCCAAGCACUCGCUAUUGGACCUCCAUCAGAACAUCCACGUAAUCCGCUCACCCAACCAGCUUCUCCAGAACACGUACUUUUGGGCCCACCACGAAAAGCUCUGUGUGGUGGAUCACACGGUUGGUUUCCUCGGUGGCAUUGAUCUUUGUUAUGGAAGAUUUGACACGCCGGACCAUGUGUUGACAGACGAAGCGCGCGAAGCGUUUGCCCAAAACCUGACAUCUAACCCAUCUCAGUUCCAGAUGUUCCCAGGGAAGGACUACUCCAACCCAAGAGUCAAGGACUUUUUCGACCUCGAUAAGCCGUACGAAGAGAUGUACGAUCGCCAGGUCACUCCGCGGAUGCCGUGGCACGAUAUCCACAUGGUGACCGCCGGCCAGCCGGCAAGGGACCUCGCUCGCCAUUUCGUCCAGCGCUGGAACUAUCUCUUGCGACAGAAACGUCCUUCCAGACCGACGCCGUUGCUCCUUCCGCCACCUGAGUUCACCAAUCCUGAAAUUGAAGCCCUUGGGUUGCAGGGAACCUGUGAGGUGCAAUUGCUUCGUUCCUGCUGCAACUGGUCUCUCGGCCUCAAGGACCAUGAGCAAUCCAUCCAGAACGCGUACCUCAAGCUCAUCGAGACGUCGGAGCACUUCGUGUACAUCGAAAAUCAGUUCUUCAUCACUGCUUCUGCCUGGGAUGGGGUUGUGAUCAAGAACCGAAUUGGUGAUGCGUUGGUGGACAGAAUCAUCCGGGCCCAUAAGGAAGGCACCGCGUGGCGCGCGUGUAUUGUCAUUCCGCUCAUGCCCGGCUUUGAGGCUGAAGUUGACGAGCCAGAGGGCUCAGCAAUUAGAAUCAUCAUGCAGUGUCAGUUCAUGUCCAUCUCGCGUGGUCCCACCUCCAUUUUCGCCAAAUUGCGAAUGGUGGGUAUCGAUCCCGACGACUAUAUCCAGUUCUUCUCGCUCAGAAAGUGGGCCAGAAUUGGGCCCAAGAAGAACAUUGUGUCCGAGCAGUUGUACAUUCAUGCAAAGGCGAUGGUUGUGGACGAUCGCGUGGCUAUCAUUGGUAGUGCCAACAUCAAUGAACGUUCGAUGAGAGGAGUCCGAGACUCGGAGUUUGCGGCUGUAGUCAGAGACAGAGAGGUGGUACAUACGAAGAUGAACGGGGCACCGUAUUCUGCGGGAUUGUUUGCCCAUUCACUCCGGAUGCGCUUGAUGCGCGAACACUUGGGCAUCGACGUGGACAUUAUCGAACUUGUGGAAAGACGAUUUAACGCUUUGGAGAGACUCGCCAAGUCGGAGGAAGGUUUGAAGGCUGCUACUGCCAAGUUCAAGACCCCGGAGGGUGCGCUAGCCUCAGCGAUGGUUGAACUUGGCGCUAGAGAAGUCAUGGGAGAGGCUGAGGGAACGCAAAAGUGGAAGCUCUUCCAGUCAACCAACGGUUUCAACGACGCUGUCCUUGACAUGUCGAAUGACGUGGAAGAUUUACCCCCUCACUUGAACCAGCCACCGCCGCCGCCAUUGUCGUUUAACCACCGUGCUGGAGAGGAGAACGCGGGGAUUCGUGACAAGAAGAAUUUCUCAUCAGAUGCCAGAGUCCAGAAUAACGCCAAGCACCGAGAAGAUGUAGAGGGUAACGGGCCUGAUAGGUUUGGGCUGAAAGCGUACAAAAAGUAUGCCCUGAAGGCACUGGCUUUGAUGGCAGAGUGGGCUCAGGUUACGGUCAAGGGCUCAGGGGCGCCGUUUGUGCCAGCCUUCGACCAAGUUUCAGAGUUCCUCCACAACGACACGGAUAUUGAUGGCCUCGGAGAAAUGUCGAAAGAAAGCGAAGUGUCGUUGACGGAAAGAAACGCUGAACGCUGGACAAUGCUCAAGCGCGUGGCGUACUUGCAGAGGGUAGCUGCGAAGCACCAUAAAAACACUGCCAAACUCCAUGGCAACGGCUCUGGAAGCGCUAAGACUGGUAGUAUUGACCCUGAAGCUGCCGACCCGGCUGGAUCCUCUGCUGUAAAAGAGCACCCCGAGUCGGAGUCGCCUGGGGGCCUAGAGAUUCCAAUUGUCAGUUUGGACGAACAAGGGGUCAGCCACUUACUCGAAACCAUGAAGCCAGACUCCCGUUAUGAAAAGUUUAUUGACCCGUAUGGCUUCGAAGACCCAUUGGACGAGGAAUUUUACGAGGAUGUGUGGUUUGAAAAUGCUUACAGAAACACGAAAUUGUUCCGUACGGUGUUCCAUUGCCAACCAGACGACGCCGUGACGACCUGGAAGGAAUACAAAAACUACUCCAAGCUCAAUGCUGCAUUCUGGCUCAGUCAGACCAACAACACUUCAAAGCACAACCACACGGACGAAGAGUCAGACGAUGGGUCCAAUGAAGUGGGGAGUAUUUUCGUUAAGGAGUUCGGGGAGAAUGAUAGAGGGGUGAUCGGAAUGGUACCUCCAGGUUCGAAGAAUCAAAAUUCCAACGAGAUGCUUGACGUUAAAAACGGCUCCCCUAGAGAGGGAACGCACCGGGACAGGGCUGGAACUCCGGUGUCUGAAGAAAGCGAAGGGAAUAGAGAGGAUCGUGGUCCAAGGCUGAGAAAGCGAGCAGGGACUUUUGGAACCAGGCACAAGAGGCCCCGUCACCACGGAGACAGGAUUUUCGACAGACAGACGGCUGAGAAAAUCUGCUCGGAAGUGCAAGGUCAUUUGGUGUUGUUCCCGGUGGAUUGGUUGUAUAAGGAGGUGGAUUCGGGGAACUUUUUCUAUAGCGCGGACAGAAUUCCGCCGAUCGAGAUUUAUGACUAGAAGCUGCUGUCAUGUGGAUGGCCCUAUUUUUAACAGGUAGAUAUACUUGUUUAAUAUAUACUUGUUUAAUACAUUCUUGCAUUACCUCCC